CAUAAUCGUUUCUCUGAAGUACUGUCUUAAUGUUUUGGUGUCUCAAUUAAUUUAGAAUAAAAUUGUGUUCCUAAAAAGGCAAACAAAAAAAUCAAAGAAGAAUCAUCUCUGGAUAAUAUAAAAAUAACAAUAAAAGCUGACUUCAUAAGUUCUCUUAAAAUUAAAAAUGGGACGAAAGAGUAAGGCAAGGUCAAAAGGCAAACAAAUCAUGUCUGUCAGGGAAAGACAAAUUAUCGAAAGGUCAAGGCUACUUAUAAAAGGCCAUAUUUCAGAAUUCGUUGUUAGACACGAGGCGCUGGAUGGCCCGUCAACAAGUCGCGCUAGUCGAAAACCUAAUCCUACUGGGAUGGGAUUGUUUUAUCUAGACCUUAAAGACGCAUUCGCAGACGCCUUUUAUAGCAACAACACAGUGAAUGUCCCGAAGUUAGGGAGUAUUUUCAAGGCGGAAAAUUUUGAGGUAAACGUAGAACCCAUUCCGAAAAUUGGUAACAACACCAAAACUGAUAUAGAAGAUACGCUAAUUAUUUUGAAAGUCUGCCAACUGCGUGCAAUAAUUGUAAAAAUAGAAGAAGAAAAAAAAAUUGGAUUAGCCGGAAAUGCUGUAAGCCCACACACACGAGCUAAGCUUUCAAAAAUAGAUUAUAUACAGGAAGGCAUCCAAAGAGACAUCCGUACAAUGAGAGCGCAACUCAGGAGUAUUCGCCAAACAGACAUUGAACAGCUAAGUGGCAGCGAAAAGAAUUCGGACUGCUUCGUAAUUGUUGAUGAACAUGGUGAAAAAAUAUCUGAAGAAGGAGCUGCUGUGAAAGUCAGGGAGCCUAACGAAAUGCACGAACUAAUUAAAAGAGAGUUUAGAGCAGCUUUUUAUGAGAACAUGGCUGCCCAUCUGGAGGGUGUUUACCCAUGGCAAGGCGUGGAUGCGAAAAUGGUAAAUUGUUCGUCGCAACAACGUGUAGUUGAGGACCAUGCUGAUAUAUUGGCGAGAGCUAUAAAAGUUAUAGAGUCGCGUAUAUUGGACUGUGACAAAAGCAAAACGAUCAACUUGGAAAAUGAAGAGGAAAAUUAUUAUCCAGAAUUGGAUGGUCUUUACCCGACUCCCUCUAGUAGAUGCGGGAAUAUAGAAGAUUUGGACGAAAGCUUUUCUUUAGACUCUCCAACUGCUUUAAAAGAUAGUUGCAUUAUCAUAAAUUCAGACGGUGAAGAGAUGUGCAAACAGGAAUUUGAGAAAUUCUUUACAAGUGAAUCUCAUCAUAGGCCAAACUGAGCGUGCAAUUUGUUGUUGCCAUACACCAUGUGAAGUCAACAUAAAAUACCGAUUAAUUUAACUAUUAACAAUGCUGUUUAAAAAAUUAUGAAUGACACAAAUGUGAAAAUUAUAUUUAAAUGUCCUUUGCCUCAAAAUAGAAAAUACGAUAUUACCAAUUUUUAAAUAAACGGGGAAUUUAUGACUGAUUUUAAAGAUAA